AUGAAAGUUCACUGGUCACGAGGAAAAAAUUUUAAAUACAUAUGGCAAGGAAAUAAACAGUUCGAUUUUAGUAUGCUACACAAUACUUCAAAACUUAUAACUUCCAAGAAAACAUGUCGCAAUUGCAAGCAAGUCUUAAAAGUCGUCUCAUUGACUCAUGGACUUGAAGCGGAACAAAAUUCUGCAAGGUUAAAUUUUAUGUUUUUUCCUUUGACUUUUUAUCAUGCUUCCAUUCAAGUUAUUUAUUGGCACAGCUGUUUUACUUUGCAACUUCUGACUCUUGUGUUAAGGCAGUGCGAAAAAAAACCUCAAAUAUGUCUCCAGUGA